GAAUGCGGUAUAAAGAAAGAUUUAUUAAAAAAAAAGUAUUCGAUAAACAAAUUAAAAUAAAAAAUGCUUUACAAGAAAAAAGAAAAGGCAAUGAUUUGUCAACAAAUAAACCUAACCUAUCCGAAGGCUUUUGUGUGGUGGAUUUAAAAUUGUUAGCCGAAAAAUUGAAAUGUGUAAAAUGUUUUGAAGUACUUAGUCUUGAUAAUAUUGUACACGAACAAAAUUUAGGGCUGAAUUCUAUCUUAAAAGUUAAAUGCAGUAAAUGUGAUAUAAUAACAAUAGUUCCAACGAGUAAAACUCAUCGUACAGCUGAUAAUAAAUCUAAUCACUCAGACAUUAAUACAGGUGUAGUUCUUGGUGCUAUACACGCUGGCUAUGGCUGCACUGGAUUAAACAAAAUAUUGGCAUGUGCCAAUAUUCCAACAAUAUCGCCACAAUUAUUUAAAAGAUACGAAAGAGAAGUUGGUCCUGCAAUCAAAGAAGCUGCUAAGGAGAGUUGUAAAAGAGCUGCCAAAGAAGAGCGACAACUUGUCAAUGAAAAUAUAGACAAGUUGUGUGAAUUAUUGUAA